AUGGCUGCGGAGAAUGUUUACAUGAUUAUAUAUCCUAAUGGAGAAAUUUCUCUUACAGCCGAAGGUAUUACAUUCGUUUGCGACGAUCCAUUGUGGAUAAUGAUUCCACCACAAACAUCGUUGCAAGAUUUGAAGAAUCUGAUUCUGAUGCAUACCGGAAUGGUUGGAAAAAAGGAAAUUACGAAGCUGACCUACAGAAUACCGGUUGCAGUGGCCAACUCGUUUUCGUAUCAGAAAAUGCAGAUAAAAGCUGAUCAGCAUGUGUCGAUGAUGUUUUCUUAUCAUCGAAGCAUAGGAAGCAUCUAUUCGUUGGAGCUUUGUCUGAAUUUUCAGGACAUUGGUGGAAGCUCGUCCAGUUCGAAUAACGUGGAGGGUGUCAGAAAUCGACCAGCGGAUGAUUUUGGUUUGGUACAAAAUGUAUCUAUUCGUGAAGCACGCCCCGCCUCUUUUACACAUCUUGGGGUCGAUAGGGUUUCAGAGGCUGCUAAUGCAUAUACGUCUGACGAGGAUGAGAUUGAAGAUUUCAGCGGUGAUGAUCCAGAAGUAGUUCCAGAGACUCAGCCUCUGCAUGGCAAUGCUGUUCCUUCAACACGAGUCGAACCUGAAGGUGGUGGUGUAUCUUCCUCCACACCGGCACACUACCUAUCCUUAAAUCUGGGAGCAAUGCAUUCGACUAACGCAGAGGAAAGACCGAGCAGCUACCCUUUGUCAGGGGAGAUGGAGCUCGAGAUUGGGUUGAAAUUUCUUAACCGCAAGACAGCGAUGCUAGCAGUUAAAAACUACAACAUCCGUAAGAGUGCAGAAUAUAAGGUUGUAGAGUCAGACCAAAGUAGGUAUGUCUGUCGAUGCAAGCAUUUCGGGGAUCAAUGUCGUUGGAUGGUACGGGUUGCAAAGACAAGGUCUUGUAGAUUUUGGGAAAUCCGAAAGUACAAAGGGCCUCACAGUUGCUUGGCAAGUACAAUGUCUCAAGACCACGCUCAACUCGAUAGCAACGUCAUCUGCCAGCACAUACUUCCCAUGGUGCAUGCUGAUGCGACGAUUUGUGUAAAGGUGUUGCAAGGAUCAGUUGAGUUAGCGUACGGUUACAAGGUGUCUUACAAGAAGGUGUGGCACGCGAAGCAGAAAGCAAUCGCAAGGAUCUAUGGUGAUUGGGACGAAUCGUAUGACCAGCUGCGUAGAUACCUCAAUGCUCUGCAAGCAUUCGUCCCAGGGACAAUUGUUGACCUCCGAACCCGGCCGUACUAUGUCGGGAACACACUAGACCGUGGUUGUGUCAUGUUUCACCAGGUUUUCUGGUCAUUCCCUUCCUGUAUUGAAGCUUUCAGGCACUGUAAGCCGCUGGUCUCAGUGGACGGAACACACCUGUAUGGUAAGUACGCAGGCACCCUUCUCAUGGGCAUUGCACAGGACGGGAAUAAUAACAUUCUACCCGUCGCUUUCGCACUUGUCGAAAGAGAGAACACAGAUUCAUGGUACUUCUUCCUAACCAAUUUGAGGAGGCAUGUCGCAACUCAGCUGGGAGUUCUACUUAUAUCCGACAGGCAUGCGGCAAUAAAGGCCGCAUUGGAACGUGACGGUUUCAAGAGUAAGGAAGCCAAGAGACACCUUGUUAAUGCGGCAUAUUCGAAGACGCAAGAGCAGUCGCGGUCCUACCUGGAGCUAAUCAGUAGCGAGGAUCCGAUAACAUCACCACAGAUGAUGGAGUGGAUCCGAAGGCUAGAGCCACCCAAAUGGCUACAACACCUAGAUGAGGGACGAUGA